AUGUUCUGUACUGCGGAUCUUCUCCAGAUCUCCUGACCCGUUCAGAUUGGGACUCUCCAAGAUGUCUUUUACCUCCAGAUCCUACAGACAGGUGUCCAGUGGCCAGAAGACCAUGAGUGUCUACGGUGGUGCGGGAGGUCGGGAUACCCGUAUCUCCACAACCCAUACUACCUGCUUACCCUAUUUAGGAGGCAACAAUAACACCGAUGGACUUGACCUCCAUGUUGAUGCCAACGAGAAGUUCAUGCUCCAAAAUUUGAAUGACCGUCUGGCCUCCUACCUUCAGAAGGUGCAUUCAAUGGAGAAGGAGAAUGAGCGGCUCGAAAAGCAGAUCAGAGAAUGGUACUCAAGUAAAACUGUGAUCACCCGUGAUUACAGCAACUACUUUGCCACCAUCGCUGACCUGCAGGAUAAGAUCCGAGAUGCCACCACAUUUAAUGCCAAGCUCUACCUGGAGAUUGACAAUUCGAAACUGGCUGCUGAGGAUUUUAAAAUGAAGUACGAGAACGAGCUAAGCAUGAGACAGGCUGUGGAGGGUGACAUCGCUGGAUUGAAGAAGGUCUUUGAUGAUCUUAAUCUGCAAAAAAUGGAUCUGGAGGGUCAGUACGAGUCACUGAAGGACGAGCUCAUCAUGCUGAAGAAGAACCACGAGGAGGAAACAUCUCUGCUGAAGACUCAGGCGGGUGGCCAGUUUAACGUUGAGGUGGACGCUCCUUCCCCUGUAGACCUGAACAAAAUCAUGACAGAGAUCCGUGAGCACUAUGAGGCUCUUAUUGCCAAGAACCGCAAGGAACUCGAGUUGUGGUACCAGAACAAGUGUACAGUGGUGGAGAAUAAGGUAGAAGUUAAUUCAUCCAGUCUUGAGUCAUCCCGCCUUGAGAUUAAAGAGCUAAAGAACACCCUUCAGUCGCUUCAGAUUGAACUGCAAUCCCAGCUAAGUAUGAAAUCUUCUCUUGAAUCAACUCUGCAAGAGACUAACGAACGCUAUGCAGCCCAGCUAGCAGGUCUCCAGGCCUUCAUUACAGGCCUAGAAGAUCAGAUGUUAAAUCUCACCAACAGUAUCACUGAAAUGCAACUGAAGUACGGCACGCUUCUGGAUCUCAAGACCCGUCUGGAGGCAGAGAUUGUAGAGUACAGGAGGCUGCUAGAUGGGGAGAUUGACAGUGAAAGCUCAAAGCAAGUGGUUACUAAGACCAUCACUGUGGAAGAGACCUACGUGAAUGGAAAAAAGGUUGACUCCUCCAAGAGUGUUGAUGUGGAUGUGAAUCAGAUGAAGUAAAAAGAAAU